UUCCGUUGCCUUCUAGUGCCCCAUCUUUCCGGGUCUCCGCCCUCCAGUCACCUUUGAGUGUCGCGCCUGGGUCACGGGCUCGCCCACCCCUCUGAACUGCGAAGAAAGGAACUGCGCUUUCUUGCCAGAGUUUCUAUUUCGGAGUUCAAGGCAAAUCGUUCAGCACCCUUGUUCCUCCCGACCCCCCGGGACAGCGGCAGGGAUCUCAGAGCAAGGAUUCCCCUUCGUUUUGGGCCUGCAGCCCGAGCUGGGCCUUGAACUCGAGCCACAGCGGGGAGGAGCGGGCGGGCUCGGAAGGAAGCUGACACCUGACGAUGGCUCAGUCCACCAUGGCCCCCAAAUGUGAUGUGUUGAGUCAAGAUGACCUGCGCAAAAAGUUAUACCAGACGUUUAAGGAUCGGGGCAUACUGGACACACUCAAGACGCAGCUUAGAAACCAGCUAAUUCAUGAAUUGAUGCACACUGUAUUGAGCGGAGAACUGCAACCUCCCUCCAUUUCAGUAGAAGGAAGCUCUCUCUUAAUAGGCGCCUCUAACUCUCUAGUGGCAGAUCACUUACAAAGAUGUGGCUAUGAAUAUUCACUUUCUGUUUUCUUUCCAGAAAGUGGUUUAGCAAAAGAAAAGAUAUUUACUAUGCAGGACCUAUUGCAACUCAUUAAAAUCAACCCUGCCUCCAGUCUCUACAAAUCACUGAUUACAGGAUUUGAUAAAGAAAACCAAAAAGGUUUUCUCAUGUGUUUUUUAAAAGAGUUGGCAGAAUAUCAUCAGGCUAAAGAGAGUUGUGACACAGAAACUCAGACAAGUUCGACAUUUCCUGGCAAAGACUCCCUUGCUGAGAAGCUUCAGCUUAUUGAUGAUCAGUUUGCGGGUGCUUAUCCUCAGUGUCCCAAAUUAGAGUCUUUAGAAAUAAAGUUAAAUGAAUAUAAGAGAGAAAUAGAACAGCAACUUCGGGAUGAAAUGUGUCAAAAGUUGAAGUAUUUUAAAGACACUGAAAUAGCAAAAGUUAAAAUGGAAGAGAGAAGAAAGUAUGAGAAGAAAUUAACUGAGUUUCGGAAUGAAUUUGAGAAAGCUUGUCAAGCAAAAUCUGAAGCCCUCAUUUCUCGGGAAAAGAAUACCCUUGAGAGAAUUCAAAAGCACCAGGAGAUUGAAACAAAAGAAAUUUAUGCUCAAAGGCAGCUUCUACUGAAAGAUAUGGAUUUGCUAAGAGGCAGAGAAGCAGAGCUGAAGCAAAGAGUUGAAGCUUUUGAACUGACCCAGAAGCUCCAAGAAGAAAAAAAUCAAAGUGCGACCGAAGCACUUAGGAGACGGGAGCAGAAUUUAAAGAGUAUUGAGGAGACCUAUGACCAAAAGCUCAAGAAUGAACUUCUAAAGUAUCAACUGGAACUGAAGGACGACUAUAUCUUUAGAACCAAUAGACUGAUUGAAGAUGAAAGGAAGAAUAAAGAAAAAGCUAUUCAUUUGCAAGAGGAGCUCAUAGCUAUUACUUCAAAAAAGAAGGAACUUAAUCAAUCUGUAAAUCAUAUGAAAGAACUUGAGCUCGAGUUAGAGUCUGUCAAAGCCCAGUCUGUAGCAAUGACAAAACAAAACCACAUGCUGAAUGAAAAAGUUAAAGAGAUGAGUGAUUAUUCACUACUAAAAGAAGAGAAACUGGAGCUUCAGGCACAAAACAAAUUACUUAAACAACAACUGGAAGAAACUAGAAAUGAAAACUUGCGUCUCCUAAACCGCUUAGCUCAGCCAGCUCCUGAGCUUGUGAUUUUUCAGAAAGAAUUAAAGAAAGCAGAAACUGCUAUAGCGUUUGAGCAUAAGGAGUUUGAAAGCCGCAGGCAAGCUCUGCAAAAACAGCUGCAAAGUGAAAUUGAGCAGUCUGCAAAGUUGAAGGCCCAGAUACUAGCUUACGAUGCUUCUGUAAAGAGAUUAACUAUUCAAGUUGCUGAUUUAAAAUUGCAACUGAAGCAAACUCAGAGAGCCCUAGAGAAUGAAGUAUUCUACAAUCCAAAGCAGUCCAUGAUGGAUCGUUCCGCCAGCGGGGUAAUAAGUGGCAAGAUGGUGCCUCACAAUGGUGUUAUAAGCCGGCGUUUCUUGAAUAGUCCUCUUGAUGAGGAAAAAAUUAUAGCAAGUGUAGUUGUACCACGGAUCACAAGGUAUCUAAGGGCAGGGGUAGAGGGUAGUUCUCCUGAUUCUGACCUUGAGUUUGUAGCCAAUACUAAAGCAAGAAUCAAAGAGCUGGAGCAAGAAGCUGAACGCUUGGAUGAGGCUUUCAGAAGUUACCAUCAGAGAGUCAUUGAAAACCCUCCCAAAAGUCCACUCCCACCAAAGAGCCCGCCAUCUCUGCACUUGCUGGGAGCUCUCAAAAACAUCACUUCCAAUUCCCCGGAAAGAUGUAUUUUUGCAGAGGACAGAGUUAUCUCUGAGGAGCCUCAGGUGGGCACAUUUAAAGAGGAAAAGAGCGAAGCCUCUUUAAUGCUUACGGACAGCUCAGCCUCACGACUACGCAGGGGUGCUUCCUCCAGACGCCUCUCUUCCACACCCCUUCCAAAAGCAAAAAGAAGCCUUGAAAGUGAAAUGCACCUGGAAGGUUUGAGCAGAUCACAGGUUGCUUCCCCCAGUCCUCGUCCUAACAGAAUGUGCCAGCCGUCACCUGCCCAACAUAGGCACAGCCUCUCCAACCAUUCCUUCCCCAGCCCUCCCGAGCAGAAGGUGGGUCUUUGUCAGAGACAAACUGAACUUCAAGAUAAAAGUGAAUCUUCAAAUAUGGACAAGCUUCCUUUUAAGGAUAAUGAGGAAUUUGAAUCUUUUGAAUAUGCAGGGAAUGUGCCACGGCAGUUUGAAGUGACCGGGCUUCAUCCUGCUGGUGACAUGCCUCAUGUGGACACUGCCACAGCUGCUGUGCCCACCGGACCCAUCUCGUAUCACUGCCCGAGUGUAGAUCAGAAACAAAUUGAAGAACAAAAGGAAGAAGACAAAAUAUGGGAACAGCAAGUAAAAGAACAAAGGCAGAGUGACCGACAAGAAGUUUUAGAAAGGGAACGAAGAGAACUGGAAAAACUGGAUCAAGAAAGGAGGAUGAUUGAAGAAUCAUUGAAGAUUGAAAUGGAAAAAGAAAGAAGUAUUCAAGAAACAAAAGACACAUCUUUUCCCGAGGAGAACCCUUUAGAGAAAUACAUGAAAAUCAUCCACCAGGGGCAAGACCAGGAGUUGGCAGAUGAGGGCUCAAAACAGAUGGUCGGAGAAGGCUCCCUAGUGGACACGCUGCCACCUAGUGAAAAAGACGAAAGGUAUGGUUUCCCUGAACACUGUGUUUCAUACGUGAACCAUUACUGCUCAUUUUGUCAGCCAAGGGAGAUGGUCAGGUAUUUUUAGGUUGCCUGUAUGA